AUGGCCACCUUGCCCGAUACCGCGUCAGACAUUCCCCAGAUUUUAUCUUUGCCAUCUUGUGUCGUUGCCGUUCUGCAAACCUUCACUAUGCUGAACCAUUCUCGCCUAAACCUUCUCGGCAUGUGGAGAGCGGGAGUCAUCCCGCUUCGUUUUCCGCCCUUUGCCAACACCACCUCGAUGGACAGUCAGCCCGACGGCGCACGCAAAAGAAUUCGACUCUCAUUUGCAUGUAAUUACUGUCGCUCCAAAAAGACUCGCUGUGACGAGGAACAGCCAUGUCGAAACUGUCGUCUGGCCGGAGUGGAAUGCAUCACGACGGAUAAACGACGUGCCGGUGCAGUAGUGUCGAGCAGACGUCGAAUUAUUGCUGCAGUGACGUCGGCCAAUGCAAAAUCUCCGUCUCACCAAGAUACACCUCCAACUCCGGAGUCGCAUGCUUCGACUUCCUUACCUUCAGUUGUGGCUGCUGGCGCCGGUGCCGGUGCUGUCAGUCAUGGUCAAGGUCAAGGCAAUGACCGGCCACGGCUGUGGAGUCAAUGUUGGGGCCGAGAGGGAUGGAAAACGGGCCGCUUGCCUUUGAUGCCUCGAUUUGUAGGCGCAAGCACUGUCGAAAUAAUGACCGAGUGGCUGGACAUGGCACUUUAUCGUCUCAACGGGCCAAAGAUACAUGCUUUGUCGCCGGUGGUCAAUGAUCACUUUGCCGCUGAGAUCCCCGAGAAGAGUCCCCCACUGCCUCCUCCCCGGGAGAUCCAGGCUUGUAUUCAAGCCUAUUUGGACACAGUCGGGGAAUUGUUCCCCUUUCUAGAUUCGAGUAUCCUCGAGGUUGAAUCGAUCGGCGAAGCGCUCGAUCGAUCAAAGCAAACAUCGAGUGCAAGUCACUGUGCACUGGUGUACUUGACUAUUGCUGCUGGCAAAAUGGCGAUGCCCACCUCAGAAGACUCAACCAGUCUGAUCUCAUCAUACAUUGCCUACUGCAACUCCAUGCUAGGCCACAUUAUCGCCACCCGAAAUUUGAAGAGUGUUCAGGCGGUUCUACUCUUCUCAAUGGUUCUCCGCAGCUGCGACAAGAUUGCGUGGGCAUGGGAUGUUCUAGCCACAGGAGUAUCCAUGGCGCAAUCGAUCGGCAUCAACCAGAUCAGAGGCUCAAUCGCUGGAUCAGCAAUACCGAUUUCGGACAAUCAAGAGUACAGGACAUGGUGGUCCGUGUAUGUUUUUGAAAAAAUCCUUGCCUUUGAACUAGGCCGCCCGUCUUUGGCUUGGGACCGUGAUCUAUCCGGUUCACUUGCCUCGGCUCCUCCGAGCGAUUCUCCGAAUGACGAAAACCAGUCUUUUUGGCGAGCAUCUCUCGGUCUGGCGAACAUGCUUCAUGAAUUACAAGAGCGGUCGGCCAGGACUUGGAGGAGAGAGACUUGGCUGGGCCAAACGGUGGAACAGGCGAUUGAAGAUAAGCUCCAGACCGGAGGAGAACUCAUUGUUCUCCUCUCUGAAUGGCAACGAAGUCUACCGGAUCAUCUCAAACACGGCUCUACCUCUCUACCCGGCUCUUGCAAUGGAGCUCGGGCGGCAUUUCUUGCCUACUACUAUAGUCUUGGGAUGAUGUUGGUCCACCGAUCGACGCUCCUGGUCGAUCAAAACGAAUUGCGGGAAGUGGUCGAACGAUUCGCAUCCGACAAGCCGUGGCGCCAAGGCCUUCUCAGCGGACCGUCGAUGGCGACGGAGUCCGCCCGGGAGAUGAUCAGACUGUUUGUUCCUCUGAUUGAUUCGGGGACUCCAAAUUAUCUGACUUUGAUGACCUCGCCUCUCGCGGCUGUAUAUGCGCUUGCCGUGUCGAUUAUUCGCGAGAAACGAUCCCUGCUUGUCCGCUCGGACUUUGAGGUUCGAUCCGUUCAACUCUCUCUUGCGGAAAGCACGACUAAUUUUUUUUUCUUUAAAAAGUUGAUGAAGGCUGGCAUGCAGAUCAGUCGACAUUAUUAUCAAAAACAUGGCACAGUUACGAAUUUUGACGACAUUAUGCUCGACCUGGAAAAUCAUUUAUCACACCUCCUUGAAGCUCCAGUACCCACACGACUUGAAAUGACCAGCUUGAGCUCAUCGAACCCAAUCUUCAACGAUUCCGUGCUGGAGGAAAGUGCCCAAUUCUCAUCACUUGCGCCAUCUUGGGGACCAUCUGCCUUGGAUUGGGUGGGAUGGGACUGGAAUGAUCUGAGUCACUUGUUUCAACACAAUGAAUGA